AUGGCGGCUCCUACCUUGAUGCAAUGCUUGGUCGCCAUUUCCCUCCUCUCCUGUGCCGCCCAAGCACAGCUCUCGACCACGUUCUAUGCGUCCUCCUGCCCCAACCUGCAGACCAUCGUGCGGACGGCGAUGACCCAGGCCGUCAGCGCUGAGCAGAGGAUGGGCGCCUCUCUGCUCAGGCUCUUCUUCCACGACUGCUUUGUUCAACUCGGCGGGCCGACCUGGAACGUGCCGCUCGGCCGGCGGGACUCGACGACGGCGAGCGCCUCCCUGGCCAACAGCAACCUCCCGCCGCCGACGGCGAGCCUGGGCACGCUCAUCUCCCUGUUCGCCAUGCAGGGCCUGUCGGCGCGCGACAUGACGGCGCUGUCGGGCGCGCACACCAUCGGGCAGGCCCGGUGCACCACCUUCCGGAGCCGCAUCUACGGCGACACCAACAUCAACGCCUCCUUCGCGGCGCUCCGGCAGCAGACGUGCCCGCGGUCCGGCGGCGACGGCACCCUGGCGCCCAUCGACGUGCAGACGCCGGCGAGGUUCGACACGGACUACUUCACCAACCUGCUGUCGCAGCGGGGCCUGUUCCACUCGGACCAGGAGCUCUUCAACGGCGGGUCGCAGGACGCGCUGGUGAGGCAGUACAGCGCCAGCGCCUCGCUCUUCAACAGCGACUUCGUGGCGGCCAUGAUUAAGAUGGGCAACGUUGGGGUGCUCACCGGCACCGCCGGACAGAUCAGGCGCAACUGCCACGUCGUCAACAGCUAG